AUGCUCGACUCGAUGUGGGCGCAACAAGCUGAACAGGAAGUUGUUUAUGAGUGGGUGCAUUGGCUGCAGAGCUCUAUGCUUUCUCAUCUUGGUUUUGACAACGGAAUAGUCAUACGACAGCCUCAUACUGCGGUUGGUCCUGUGGAUCUUCGGGUUGUGGGAGAGAUUUUGUCUGCAGAGUCUGUCGUUCAACAGUUGAUCGGCUACAAUGAGGAGCAAUGCCAUGAAUCCUUUCUCCACGGGCUUCAUGCCUGCAUGAUUUGCUUCAGCGAGUACCCAGGCGUUGAUUUUGUAAAGCUUCCAUGCCAGCAUUACUUUUGCCAGAGGUGCAUGGAGACUUACUCAAGGAUUCAUCUCAAGGAAGGAACAGUACUAAAGUUGGUGUGCCCUGAUGACAGGUGUGGAGGCAUUAUUCCUCCUAAUCUAUUGAAGAGGUUGCCAGGAGAUGCAGAUUUUGAACGGUGCGAAAGGUUGAUGCUUCAGAAGGCUCUAGAUUCAAUGGCUGAUGUAGCGUACUGUCCAAGAUGUGGAACAGCUUGCCUGUUAGACAAGGAUAAAGCCGGAUGCUCCAAUUGCCUCUUUAACUUCUGCACCCGCUGCAGAGAGCCUUGUCACACAGGGAGGAGCUGUGUUAUUCUUACUCCAGAAGAAAAACUUCUCACCUUACAGGAACAGUCAAGGGUGCGCCAAUGGAGCAAAGGCGACAUUGACAGACGAAUCAACUUGGCAAAUGAAAUAUUUAGCAUCAAGGAAGUCCUCCGUUCUUCCGUUCCAUGUCCUCAUUGUGGUAUUGCCUUCAUACGUGUGUCUGGCUGCAACCACAUGUUUUGCAGAAACUGUCACCGUGAAUUCAACUACUUAAAUGCUAGGAGGACAGAGACUGUAAGGGCACUUGAUUUCAUUACAGUGAAUGCGGUGCAGAUUGAACGAAAAGUACUGAGCCUAUCCGUCAGCUCCAGACAGUAUCCAUGCCCAAAAUGCCACCGACCAUAUCCCAAGAUGGGAAACAACAACCACAUCUUGUGCCUGGCAUGUCAGGUUCAUUACUGUGCUCUGUGUCGGAAGGUGGUGCGGAAGAUCUCAGAGCACUAUGGCCCCAGAGGAUGCAAGCAGCACACUGUCGACCCUGAGAUUGUUAGAACAAAGAACAAGGAUGACUCGGGAUCAGAACUUCUGUGA